AUGGCGAAAGAUCAGCAGGCUUUGAAACAGGAGCUCGCAGACUGGAUAAAGAAGAAGAAGGAAUAUGUGGAUACCCUUGAAAUCUUGGAGACGCAGAUUUACAAUUUUGAAGGCUCCUAUUUGGAAGACACUGCAGAUUACGGUAAUGUCGUCAAAGGAUGGAACGCAUUCGCGAACGCCGUGCCGCCGUCGAAAUCGAAUCGACCGGAGAAGAAGGGUGGCAAAAAAUUUAGAGAUGAAGAUCGGCUGUUUUCUCGAAGCUCGACGACAUCGCCGUAUGCGAGGAAUUUAGCUGCUCAGGCUCAGGGACCAACACAGUCGACAAGUACCAAUGGAUUUACAAAUAAGGACAUUUAUACGAAAGAUGAGCAGUCGGAGAAGGAUGAUGAUAAUGCUUCAGUGUCUAGCAGAGACUCGAAACCGGCAAAACGAAGAAAAUACUAA